AUGCAGAUGACGCGCUCUGCUAGUAACGGCGAGGAGAUGACCAUGCUGGAACCCGGCCACGUAUCAUCGUCUUCGUCGUGGUCGUCAGCUGCUGCUGCGACGAAGACGACGACGACCAUGAGGGGACCCCGCCCCUUCACCUGGACAGGCCCUGCCAUUGUUCUAGGAACGACGACUGACUGGCUGACUGACCGUGCAGGCUUCGAGCUGCUCGAGAGCAUCGCCUUCUCCGGGGUGGCACUGAAUAUGGUGGUCUACCUGGGCACCGUGCUCCACGGCACCACCGCCUUCAACGCCGCCCACGUCGACACCUGGAAUGGGACCACCUUCAUCGUCCCCGUCAUCGGCGCCCUCCUCGCCGACAGCUACUGGGGGAAGUACAACACCAUCGUCGCGUCGCUCCUCUUCUACCUCGCCGGCCUGGUGCUGCUAACCUUGUCCGCGGGGAUCUCGCCGCUGCGGCCGUCGCCGUGCGAGGGAAUCUCGUGCCCACCGGCGACCGGGAAGCAGUUCUCCGUCUUCUUCGCGGCGCUGUACCUGACCUCCAUCGGCACGGGGGGCGUCAAGUCGGCGCUGCUUCCGUUCGGGGCAGAGCAGUACGACGUGGACGGCAGCCCGGAGGAGGUGCGGAGGAAGCAGUCCUUCUUCACCUGGUUCUUCGGCGCCAUCAACCUUGGCAUCUUCGUCGCCGGGACGCUCGUGUCUUGGCUGCAGCAGAACGUGUCCUGGGCGCUCGGCUUCGGCGUCUCCACGUUCUGCCUGCUGCUGGCGGCGGCGGGCUUCCUGGCUGGCACGGCCUGGUACAGGGUGCAGCUCCCCGCCGGCAGCCCGCUCAAGGAUAUCCUCAGAGUGAUUGUGGCGUCCCUGAGAAAGAGGAAUACCAGGCUGCCAGCUGCGGAUCACGGCGGCCUUGGCCUGCACGAGGUGGUGGAAGACGGUGACCUGCAGAAGCUGGCGCACACCAAAGGACUGAGGUGUCUGGACAAGGCCGCGGUGAAGGGAGCUAACGACAACGAAGGCCCGUGGUAUCUAUGCACGGUGAGCGAGGUGGAGGGUGUCAAGAUCCUGACGCGCAUGGCGCCCAUCUGGGUAACCUGCGUGCUGUACGCGGCGUCCUUGGGGCAGAUGACCACGACAUUCAUUCAGCAGGGGAUGGCCAUGGACAACAACGUGUUCGGGAGGUUGAAGGUGCCGGUGGCGUCGAUGGUGUCGGUGGAGGUGGCGUUCAUGCUGCUGUGGGUGCUACUACACGACGCCGUCAUCAUGCCGCUCGCUAGGAGAUGGGGUCCAGCCGGGAGCGCCGGUCUGACUCAGCUGCAGAGGAUGGGCGUGGGGCGGUUCCUCGUCGUCGUGGCCAUGGGCACGGCGGCGCUGGUGGAGAGGCGGCGGCUGCAGAGCUUCGGCGCGGGCAGGAUGAUGGGCAUCGGGUGGCAGGUGCCGCAGUUCGUGCUGGUGGCCGGGUCAGACGUGUUCUGCGGGAUCGCGCAGCUGGAAUUCUUCUACGGCGAGGCGCCAGUGUCAAUGCGCAGCAUCUGCUCCGCCCUCUCCUUCCUCGCGCUCUCGCUGGGGUACUACGUCAACACAGCGGUGGUCACGGCAGUGUCGCGGUUGAGGCCCGGAUGGCUGGCGCCGGACCUCAACGCGGGGCACCUCGACUACUACUUCUGGCUGUGGGCGGUUAUUGGCGCCGGCAACCUGCUGCUCUACAUGCUGCUCGCCGCCCGGUACACGACCAAGCAAGUCCUCCAAUCGCCAUCGUCGAGUUAA